CAUGCAUAAUAAUCCUGUAAGCGUUUAACUUAAAGAAAAAACACGUUAAAGUGUAAAGUGCUUUGUAUAAUCUUGGACUUUCUUUCCCGAUGUAUUUUUUUUUUAAUCAGACGCCAUAUGCACGCCUUCAGGACUCGACCCAUUUCUUUUUUCUUUUUACAUACUGGUCUUUUCCCACUGCCAUUAUUCCAGUUUGUGAAUCACUGGAUCUGGAAGUGAAGUUUAGUUUCCCCCAGUAGUUAAACAGCAGCGCGUCAGAACAUCGAGUUAACAUGUUGAAAUGGAUUUUAUGAGGCUUUUCGGCACCGUUAUCGCCGUUUUGUUUCACCCUGGAUCCGCUUCGAAAAUACAUGGCCAGAAAAUCUGCAGACGUGGGACAGAGCGCCCAUGCUAUAGGGCAUCCUACAUCCAGGACAGCAGGAGGAGGUUGACGUUUGAUGAUGCCAGGCAGUCCUGCAGGUCAGAGGGAGGUGAGCUGCUCAGCAUUGAGACAGAGAGCGAGCAGCGGCUGAUAGAGAGCUUUAUACAAAAGCUGAGGGUUGGAGAUGGGGAUUUUUGGAUCGGGCUCCAACGCAGCCUGCAGCAUCACAGGACAGGGAAUAGUAACCCAGGGUGUCCCUCGCGGUACUAUUGGGUCGAUGGAAGCAAGGCCAAGUACAGGAACUGGAACUGGGAUGAGCCAUCAUGUGGCACUGAAAUGUGUGUGGUAUUGUACCACCAGCCCACUGCACCAACUGAUGAAGAAGGCCAUUUCCUUUUUAAGUGGAAUGAUGACAACUGCAGCUCCAAGAACAACUUUGUCUGCAAAUACAGGGAAGAGAAAAUACCGGUAUAUACAGGUGACAGGAUCCUAGUACAACCAGUUCCAUCUAUGAGGCCAAACAUAUCUAUAGAAGGGGAUGUGAGGAUAACCAUAGGAUCACCUGAGUCUUCGGUAUCUUUCUCAGACAACAGCCUCUAUGUUCCGUAUAUCCUCUAUGCCACUAUUCCUGCUCUCCUGCUAUUGUUGCUCUUAGCAGCUGGUGGGUUCUUCUGCUACAGACAGCAUGCAAAAAGGAGGAAGACAGAGACAGAGAGCUUCCACAGCAGAUCAAAGCAGCUGAUGCCAACAGCAGCUUCUUCUUCCUCCGUACAAGGGCCUUAUGCCUUUAGUGACAUUACUAAACUCCCUCAUGCUGCUCUGGACUGCAGAAUGCAGGCAGAAAUCAUGACAAAAUACUCCUGCCCACCUUCACAUGAUGCACAGUAUGCCGAUUAUGAGAAUGUGACGUGUUCAGAGAAGGAGACUGGCUUUGUGACCAAUGACAUCUACGAGAUGUCCAGAACUCACAGUCAGCACUGCUGUAGUCAGACUGGAUGGGUGGAAAAUGAGAUCUAUGGGUAAUAUUGUUUAUGUUGAUCUGAGCUCUGGAAAUGUCUGUGAACUUUGAAUUAUUAACAGAACAUUAUUAAGGUUGGAAAAGGAACAUAUACUGGUCUAUAUCCCUUUCUUACUACAUAUCUUGCUAGUUUACCUGUGCGGUACGGGAUCACUAAAUUUACAAUUAAAUAGGCCUGGUUUAUGGCCUGGCUUUAAAGUGUGAAUUUAUUCCUCGUGUUUGAACAUUUCUCUUUUGGUCAGUUACUAUAUAACAAUAUAUUAGGAAAGCAUAUUUGUAAAACCUUUUUAAAUAAAUACUGAUAUUAAUCAAAACAAAA